AUGGUAAUCAGCUGUGACGUGGAUGAAGUGCUGAGAAGGGCCCGCGAGAGGGCGACCAGGGCCUCCAAAACUGGGGGCCAGGAUAACGGUGCCUUCACGCCUUCCUCUACGGGGACCAAGUCAACACCAAAGGAGGAUAAGCCCAGCACCCCACCAGGCAAGGAUACUUUUCAAAAAGGCCUUGCCGGCAAGAAGCCGCUUCGUCAAGACUCGUGCCAGACAGUCGUGGAGACCCCGCCGCCCAAGCGCCGAAGCACGUCGUUUGUCGAAGGCGAGUCUGGUUCCAAGUUGCCAAACAAAGCGGCCGCCGCGUUGCGCCGACCCCAGACAACCGAUCAGCUAGGCAGCCAAGAAAGAAAGACGAAAGCACAGAAGGUUCAAAGAGACUUGGACGAAGAGUUCAAGAAAUCCCGAGCUGAAGCCACAGCCACAGAGGAAAAGGAAGAUGAGGAACCAAGUAAUGAACCCAGCAAGCACAAGAACAACAACAAGCCAAAGGCGGCUGGCAAAGCCAAAGCAAAAUCCUCAAAGACACACAACAACGCGAAGAAUGCACAGCCAAAGAAAAAAGCACAGGCUGCCCCCAGCUCCACCAGCACACCGCGGAAACUGGAAACGGAGGAGGAAGCAAAAGCCAAUGAUGAAUAUGCUUUGAAGGACCAUGGCUCGGCAAAGAGCAGCAACCAAGCAGCCAACCCGCGCAAGACCAAACUCAAGCCGGAACACAGCCCACCUAGCAAGAAGGAUGGCAAGGAGCAGAAGAAGGAGGAGGAGGAAGAGGAGUCAAUCGAUGACAAAGACAAGAAGACUCUCGCGCAUAAGCUGUACAUGCGCUUUUGGCGAAGUGUGCACGGCAGCAACCCCAGUGUUAAUAUCGUGUCGCAUGCGCCUAAUAUAACUGAUGACCCAGUCGAUUCUAUUCUCGCCUAA